AUGCAGGAGUGGCGAUGCCACCCUACCAAGCUGUCAGACAUAGAGUUGUACCUGAACGAGCGCAUUCUGGAGCUGAACACCAGCAACCGAGAGUUGACCUUCCAGGACCUUGAAGGACGAGAGCUUUGGAGGCUUCCAGCAGAGGGCCAGGUGACGCUCGAUCCAGAACUGCCCUUCAAAGCGAUGAUUCACCUCAGCCACUUGGACCGCUAUCCUGGCGGGGAGGCCAACCCUCUCCCUGCUGCUGGGGGAGAUUUUCGCCUGGUCGUGGAUGAGGGCCUUUUCCUCGACAGGCCAGAGAUCGUGGAGGCCAGGCAGCACCUUCAAGAAGAACAGCCUGCCUUGCGCUUCGAUAUGCAAAGUGGGUGGGCAGGGAAACCGUUCGGUCCUGAUCCCGGCGGCGGCAACUUGCGGCGCCCCGGAAGCACAAAGUGCUUCAAACUGACAUGCGAACAGGUAGCUUGGGUGCGUGCGUUUGGCACUACUGCUCGGCUGGGCCAAGGUGACUACAACUUCAGCUGCGGAGAGGGGAGGCAGCUGAUCGACAAUGCGACCUGGUACAGGCCGAGCACGGGAGGGGCUGCCAAGGCAAUGGGAAGCACUUAUGUGAUUCGCAAAGCACGGCGAGACGAAGAGCCGCUGCUUUUUGACUUGUGGUAUGCUUCUGUCCGGGCAACGCACAGCUUCCUUUCCGAGGAGGCAUUGGCUGAGAUUGCCGUGGAGGUGAAGACGAAGUUUUUGCCAAAUGUUGAGCCAGAUGUCAUUGUUGAUGAGACAGACAGGCCGAUGGGCUUCAUGGUCAUGACGGGAGACAGCAUCGAUGCACUGUUUGUUGAUGCGGCACACCGCGGCCAGGGUUUAGGGACCUUACUUAUGGAUGCUGCCAAGUCCGGACGGACGUCGUUAACCUUGGAGGUGAACGAACAGAACACUGCAGCAUGGAACUUCUACCGCCGGUGCGGUUUCGCGGACUCAGACCGGAAGGCCCAAGACGAUGCUGGCCGGCCCUUUCCGCUCAUCGUAAUGAAGUGGACAAGACAGCCAUCGGCGUCAAAGUACGCCUGCGAGUAUAGGUGUGCCGACCGAGACGCCUGCUCAGAGCUGGACAACGAGACCUGCUGCGAGGAUAUGCCGUCGACAACCAGCUCGACGACCACGGAAGCUCCGUGUGUUCUCAACGACACAAACUGCAGCAAUGAAACUGUUGAGCUUGGCCGGCGGCUCAUGGGCCGCAUGAGCCCUCCGAUGGACGUGACGAUUCUGGAGCCUACCUUUGACAUUCAGGUGCUGGCAUCACCCAUGUUUGUGCUUCCCAUCAAAGUCUGCGAGACGAGGUACCAGGAUUUGCACAACCGCACUGCAAGGAUCUACGUCAACCUUCAGGUUCCGGUGAACGUUCGCGGGCGGCGAGUGCCGCAGGAAUUCGAGGUCCACAUACCGCCGACAGCAGUGCAGGACAUGCUUGGCAACUUCCCGAAAGAAGCAGCCAUGAUAUCCUUCUCGCACGAUCUAGAAGCGCCUGAGCUGGAUGUGAAAGCCUGCCAUCCACCGAACAAUCGAAAUGCUACCGAGCAGGAGAUCAUCCAACUGAGCUUCACGGAAGAGAUCAAGGCUGGACAUGGCUUUUUCGAGCUCUGGGAUGUGGAAGAUCAGAGUGGACCUCGGUUUCGGGUCGACGUGCAGAGCCUUGCGAUGGAAAGCUCCGACUUUCCAGGGCGUGCUCUCAUCGAUGGCCGAGUGGUGACUUUGAUUCCCUCUGCCAUCUGUGAAGGCGCAUGCCAUGAUCUGACGGGAGCUACGUACGUACUUACCACCAGUGAGCCAGGAGUGUUGUAUGACAUGAUGGACAAUCCGCUGCCCAUGUUGGAUUCGAACGUCACCGGGCCCGGCAGUUGGAGGUUCGAUGUAGAUGAGAACGUGACACGUGCUCCAGAGAUCCUGCGGGCGACCCACAUGGUUGCGAUCAACUCAUCAACUCCUGAAACUCUGGUUACGGGCUUUCUGUACUUCACGCAGCGAGUUUAUCAGAACGGCUCUCUCCCCGGCACGACGCUGAUGCGAGAAGAUCUGAAAGUCUGGGAUUGUGGCACGAGCUUCGACUGCGACAACCUGCAGCCCAUGAACGACAGCGACACCGUUCUGAGCGUCUACGUGGAGCCCUGGGAUGCCAGCAGCUUCGUCUUGCUUCCGGGCCUUGUGGAGUUUCGAGUUGUUCUCCCGGACGAUCUGCCCCGCAGACUGAAGGUCGUCGUACCCCCGUACAGCUUCAUGGGUGCAGACAGCCGACCAGGCAGCUUGGCGGGGCCCCUUGCCCGGUACGAGCUGGAAAUCGACACCGGCGAGGAUCCCACUGUCGAUAUCGCGAGGCCAAGGGUGCUCCCUGAUGGCUGCUUCCCAGCGCCAGGGGCGCAGUAUGUGGCCGCCGACACGUCGAUCACGAUGUACUUCAGUGAGGAGGUCGUUGUGGGAACGGGCAGCCUCCUUUUCUGCGACGCGACGCGUUCACACGAGGAUCCCGAGCGCUGUUCUUUGGCAACCUUCGCGGACGGUUCCGCCGCAUCGCUGGACGUGCGCCGAUUCGCCGAUGUCCGGCGAAGGAUCGUCACCUGGCGGCUGCCGCAGGUCCUUGCCUUCGGCCAGAGCAUUCGGCUGGUGAUGCCGGAGGGCCUUUUCGUUGCAGAGGGCCGGCCGGUGGCGGCCGCGGCCUACCAUGGUGGGAGUUUCUCCAUCCAAGAGGGCGACAUCAUCCCUCCAGUGAUACUCGCUGUGCAGAUCACAGAAGAGCCGCACGGCACGGUGAUACUGAUGUUCUCAGAGGCUGUCAUGUUCGAGGGUGCGAUUGGCAACAGAGGAAUGCUUGAGCUGAUCGAUGCAGACUCCGAGGCCGAGCUCUACUACGAUGCGACGGUGGAGAGCAACCGGGUCACCAUCCAUGGCCCAUUCCAUCCAGGUCGCAGGUACUCUUUGCGAUCUUCUGCGUCCGCACUUCUCGAUCUGGCUGGCAAUCGAGCUCUCAACAUGCCCUUGCACCCUGAGAUUAUAGAAAUCAGCGAUGAUACGGAUGGUCCGGAGGUCGAGCUGCCGAUGCACCGCGAGAUACAGAUGCACGACACUUUCUCUGUUCGGUUUGAUGAAGCCGUACUGCCUGGGAACAGCUCCAUCAUGCUGGAGUCCAUGCCACCACCAUACUGUGGCAUCGGCUGCGGCAGGCACGAGGUCAGCUCUUGGUCCCUGACCGCACUGUGGCAUGUGCACUUCGAGGAGAACGGUGGCUUGCGCAGUCUUCUGCAGGUGGUGCCAGAGAGGCCGCUGCUUCCAGGAUUCACUUAUGCUCUCGUGGUUCCUCCAGAGUUGGCUAUUGACACAGUCGGCAAUGUCCAGUCCGAAGGGGCCUCCCACCAUUAUGUCGUAGCGUUGCAACGGGAUGUUACGCCGCCACAUCUCGUUGCUGCAAUGAUAGACGGCCGGGCUGCACCGACCAUCUUCGAUCAGGAUGCCUCAGCCAGCGGGCUGGAGCUGGUCUUCAGCGAGUCCCUGCAACCGCUCGACACAUCCGCCUCCCCACUUUUGCUGGUCCCGGACAACGGUGGAGAUCGCUGCAGCGGGAAUGGUGCCUGUAUGCCACGCAGGAACUGCUCGUUUCCGUGCAGCUUCAUACCAGCGAGCCGGUCAGUCGCCAUUCCAGCAGCCAGCUUGGAAGUGAGGGGGGCCGUCGUCAGCGUGGAGCUGGCGCACUUGCCGUCGUUGGAGUAUGGCCAUGGCUACAGGUUGCACGUGCUGGAAGAUCUAUUUCUGGACAUGGCUGGCAACGCAGGUGUUUCCGCAGAACGCAGCGGACCAGCUGUGUUGGUUUUCGAGGUGGCAAACUCCGAGGAUGAAGCUGCAGAUGAUCCGGAGAUCGUGGCGACCUUUCCGGCAGAUGGAGAGCUGAUGGUUCCGCAAACCUCGGCCUUGCAGAUCACGUUUGACAGGCCCAUCCAGGUGGGUUCGGGAGACUUUGUCCUCGUGCCAACGAGGGAACUCAAUGGGAGUGUGUAUGGCAACCGAGGGCAGAAUGCCUCCCGAAGUGAUGAGCACCAGCAUGAUGUCGACGAUGAGAACAACAGCGAUGACAACCAGAGUACCAGAAUGUGGGGAGACGACAGCUCCGCUGGUCCAAUGCGCCCGAACUUCACGACAAUGGCAGAUGCAGUGAUGAUCCCGGCAGCACGCUGCCAUGCUUCACAUGCUACGGUGACCUGCCUUCCCCCGGCUCUUCCUCGUGGGAUGGAGUAUGCCAUUGGCUACACGCACGGAGCACUGCAGGUCCAGGGCCGGCCUGUUGCAUCGGGGCCUCUCGGGCGUCUGCCUUCCUUCCAGGUCAUUGACCGGAGCUACAUGUUCCUCAGGGUCAACGCAGUCUUCCCAUCGGGAAGACAGGCCAUGUCAAAGCGUGACGAAGACGAAGACGAGCGGCAUGGAGAGCAUGGGCCGCCUCGGCCGUCUCGUCGUCUCAGUCACGGUGAAGAUGGUGAAGACGACGAUGAGGCCUUCGCACUCAGCCCGAAGCCCCAAUGGUAUGCUGCAAAAGGGGCCACCAUGGCAAUCAACUUCUCGGCUCGAGUCCAGUUUGGGGCUGGACGACUACUGAUUGUGGACUGCUCUCCGGGCAACGCCUCGAGGUGCUUCGAUGGCAUCUCAGAGUUGGUGUCAGAUGAAGAAGUUAUGGGCAUCGAGGUCACAUCUGACGUCGCUGCGGAGCACAUCCUUCUUGAUGGCAUGCAGGCCUUGCUGGUGUCCUCGGGGCUGCGGCCUGGCAGGCUUCAUGCCUUGCGCAGCCACGUGCUGGGAGUCUUCCGGGACGAGGACGGGAACCCUCUGCUGCCUUUGACUUCCGGCCUCGAGUUUUGGGUCCAGCCAGACGACAGCCGCUUUCCGGAGAUCCUGCUGCAGGUGCCGGCACACAUGGGCCAUGCGGCCACCGACAGCAACAUUACGUUAUUCUUCAACGAAGACCUGCAGGCGGAUGUCAAUGGCACCAUAAACAUCAGCGAUGGUAUGCAGGAGGAAAUCAUCGCCCUUUCCGCCCCGAGCAAUUUGCCUGGGGUGGGCUAUGUGCUACUGCAGGGCUCCAUGGUUGUCAUCAACCCCGCGAUGGACUUCGGCCUGGACCGAGAGGUGACGGUCACCUUCGAGCACGGGAUCUUUCGCGACUUUGCCGGCAACCCUUUCAGAGGGUUGCGGGAGGGUGAGUAUGUCUUCCACUCGGCACCUUCGGCGUUUUCGCUGAUCGCUCCGUAUGUGCGCUACCCCAAUUUCCGUGAGCCGCGCUUCACUCCAAGGGCCGGUGCAAUGCUGCACCACGUCCAUGGCACCUUCCUUCUCGUCGGGGGCGAGUCCGAAGGCUUUUGCCUGGCCGAUACCUGGGUCUCUGAGACUGGUGUCGACUGGACACAGGUCGAAGGCGUGAUUUCCCAGGACUCUUUGGGGCUUGCCUUUCUCCAAAGCACACAUGAGUAG